GGACCGCAUCUCGUUUCAGUUCUGGGAUCAUUGCAGUUGACACCGGUCACAGUACAUGUAAAUUGUUUGUUUUGGUCGCCUGAAGAAGAAAGGAUUAAGAGAUAAUAUAUGAGGAAAAGCGCUGGAAAAAGUACAACAAAGUUGCUCAAGGUUUCAUGCUUCUGAAGGAUACUUGUGUAACAAUCAAUGAUAACUGGCUGUGCUGGGCAAUUAUAAAAAAAAGAAGGCAUUGGUUCGAUAAGGUAUAAACUCCUUUGUUGACGAUGACAUCGUUCUACAAGGUCGAAAAGUUGGAAGAAGCAUUGCAAUUGUUUUUGCUACCAAAUUAUAAUAUAGUUUCUACAACCUAUCUUGAUUUAUUACUGACACAAAUUGCCGAUGACAAGACUGAACUGAGGCAAAACCAUCGCCAGCUUUUCCAAGCAUGGGUACCAAAGGCUUUGGACACGUGGAGCUCUAAUCAAAUACCCUGCCAGGCUGUGACAUCAUUUACAAUAAAAUUGGUCGGAUUAAUUGCCCAAGAAGAUCUGGCUUUUGUGCAGUGGGAAGGAAAAGAUGUCUUCAAUAAACUUUGUGCCAUAUUUUGUUUACGAGAAAAAGAUCUACCGGCCUCAGUCAAAAUGGCUUACACAUCUAUGCUUUGUCACAUCAUCAAACAUCCAGCUGGUAGACAAUGGAUAAAAGAAUCAGGUAUUUGGAGAGAUGUGAUAAGUUUCGCACAUAUAAAUCACACGCUUUACGUAACCCGAGAAAGUCAAAAGUUUAUCUGGACGCUUUUACUCUACGAAUCAGGGGACACCAAAUUCUGCACAGAUAUUAUUUUAGCUGCAGUGGCACCAUUAACUCAAACCUCUUGCAAUGCUCAAUCUCACCUCGCUCUCGAGGAAAAUUACAUGAACGAAAAUGCUCUUUUAUGCACAACUCUAGAUUUAGUUACCUGUAUACUCGAGAACACUCUUUUCGAAAGUUUCAAUAAUCCGAUUCCUGCCCUAAUCGAAGAGCUGAUAGGCUUGGAAGCACGAGUAAAAGCAAUCUUCGAAGCUUGCAUCAGUACGCGUGUAUUACAGCAUAUCUUGGAAUUAAGGCUCUUGACAAUAUUUACUAGAUUAAAAGAUGGUAUCAAGGAUCCUUUACAGCCAGUAAGUAAAGAAACUUCAGAAGAUUUUCGGCGAAAUUUGUGCCACGGGAUCCUUCUGUUGCUAUCGAAGGAAUACAUUCUCGAUAUUGUAAAAUCGAAGAAGUACACCAUGAUUUAUUGGAAGAGACUCAACUCGCUCUGUAAUGUUAAUUUGGGACUACCAUACAAAUUUGAACAUCAGAUCAUUUGUUUAAUGUUAAUGCCAUUGUCUUCAACAUUUGGAGCACAGAAUUCGAAGCUUGAUUUUUUCGACACCUACGUUAACAAAAUGUUCGAAGUCACAUGUCUUAACGUUCAGAGAAUAUCCUUCAAUAUUAGAGAAGUGAUCCUGAAGAGUAAACAUCUUCCCAUGGAACAAAUCGCCAAAUCGACUGUACAAUUGCUCCUAGAAAUCAUCGAUUAUCUGGACAGAGAUGUAGCAAUCAUUGUUUUUCAAACGAUGUGUUACGUAUUGGAGAACUACACUAUGGAAAGCCGUUCUGAUAAGAACGCGAAAUCUAGGGAGCGUGUGCAUAAACCUUAUCAGAUCUUGCUCGAGGGCAAUCCGAUUAUUGAGAAACCAAUUUUACUUUCGGCACUUCUUGGUGGUCUCACAGCUCUGAUAGAGAAAUUUAAACUUAAAUGGCAAGAGUGUGUGGAGACCAUUUGCAUUUUGUCGCUCGCCAACGGAAUUUUAGACUAUUCAGGCGUAGAAGCUACGAUUUGCGUUAAAGCCUUGAGACUUUUCAAACUCUGCAUCCAGAAUUUCAUGCCACCGAAUUUGGCACUUCUUGUGGAUUCUGAUUUUCACAUGAAUGAAAUUGGUCCGACGUUAUUCAAAGCAAUUCACAAUCCCAACUGGGAAGUCGUCGACAGCGUUCUCGAGGUUCUGAAUACGAUCUCAGCGAUCUCAGAAAUUAAAUAUCCAGCUUUUCAGAAUUUUCUUAUUAAACACGAAUUUCUAAAAAUCGCUUUUUCGAUUGCAAUGAGCGAUGGCGAAAGUUACGUAAGAGCUUCUGCCUUAACUUUAAUCGCAACGUCUGUCAGAAUAGAUAAACUAUGGAAUAAUGUUCUAUCGAAACUCGACUUUCCGGACAAAGCUAUUAAUUUAAUUAAUUGCGAGAGUGAAGGAAUCGUAAGAAGAGAAUCUGUGGCCCUGCUUACGGAAUUAUUCAUUCACCGGCAAUGGCAGAAAUCGACAUUAGAUGUUAUGUCAAAAACGAUGACCGUUGCAGCAGUUUCAGAUUUGCAUUGGGAAGUGAAGGUGAAUGCUCUUAAGUACUGGAGACAUUUAAUAUCAUCCCACUUAUCCGAUCAAGGAAUGCUCGAUGGAUCGUUUCCUAAGGUCACCUUUUCCACGGAACACAAAAAAAUCGUACAACUCGAUGGCACGGAAAUAAAGCGACGAAUAAACAAAGCUUUGGACGAUUUGGGAAAACAAAAUUGUCUUGGAGUACUCCUCGUAACUCUGAAGGACGAGAGCGAUUUUGCAGUAUGCAAAGCCUCGGCGAAUAUUCUGAAUAAAUUGAAAGAAUUAAUCAUUAGAUACAAAGUUAACGAACCGUUUCCGAAAGUUAUCUUACCGAAAGACAGUGCCGUAAUAGACACAAUGUACGUUAGGCCACCAAACGUAGUAAGUGCCGAUUCCGGAGAAACAUCAGCAAAUUCUUCAAACCUGAUCGAAGACAUUGCUAGCACUGACUGUACAAAUCUCUUAUCCUCAAUUUGCGAAAAUUCCAUGAAAUUCGUCUCUGAGAAAGACAGUGCCAUAAUAGAUACAAAUUUCAGUACCACUUCAGAAGAAAUAUCGCCGAAUUCGUCAAAGGUGAUCGAAGACAUUGUCAGCAAUAACGAUACAAAUCUCUUAUCCGCAAUUUACGAAAAUUCAAUGAAAAUGACCGAUAGUGACGAUAUUAAAAAAGUGCAAGAAAGGCUGAAAAAUUUGUCAGGUGUGAGAAGGCAGGAUUUUUUGAAGGUGGUACUCGAAAUGGAUAUCAACGCUUACAUCGAGGAACGGAACAAGUGGCUCACAACAUACACAAAUAGUUUUGAAUCCGUUCUUGACGAUAUUUUGAUGCUUUAUCAAAGAGAGGAUGUGAAUCCUAUGGACUGUUACUGAAAUUUUACGCCUAAUUUUUUCUCUGUGCCUUUUACAUUCCAAAUGAAGCACCAAUUGUGUAUUUUGGUUUGUAUUAUUGUCCCCUUUUUCAAAUGAAUUAAACCAUGUUUUCAUAGAAA